AUGUGCUCGAUGCUAACAAUCGGUCUCCUUCUUUUCAUCGCCGUUCCGGCUUACGGAUUUAAGCAACAUUGUCGAGAAACUUUGAAUAAAGGACGAGAAAAUGUUGAAACGGUUGCUGAACAUUUGGCGGCGAAGGAAUUCGAAAGAAUCGCAGCGGUUCUCGCCAAAUCGAAGCUUAUUAUGAGAGAAUUCAGUCACGAAAGUAUCAGUCAUUCUUCAACGUUCCAAGAUUUGAUUCGAGUUCGCGAUGGCCAGCAACCGUGUCCUCAGCCAAACGCCACAAUGUUCACUGAUUCAACUGUUCCGCAGCCGACUACGAAACAUAUCACAACUCCAAAACCAACACAAGCUCAGACAACUGAUGGAGCUUCGACGUCGGGUUUUCGGCCUCCAACAGUGUAUGCUGCAACGCAUGAGGAGGACCCGUUCGCCCAGCACAUGGCCAAUUUGCACCAUUAUAUGAGCCGCGAAGACGAGGUUUGCAACAAUGAGCUGAAGGAUAUCAAUUCGAUAACCGAGGAUCAACUCUACGGAUUUUUCUCGACUUUGGCCGCCGCCCAUCCCGGCCCAUUCUGCUCUCUUUGUCACCGGUUUACUGAAGAAAUUCAAUUUCGUUUAUUCAAACCGGUGCAGCUUUUAACCACGGAUGACGAAUUCCAUUUCAACGAUCUCCUAUUUUCUCAUGUUCCAGCUGCAAGAGACAUUUGCUCCGCAAUCGCUCCUGGAUGUCAUGAAGAUUACAUUUCAAAAGUUGCGAAUCUAACCGAAUCAGUGGUGUGCCUUGAAUGCACAGCCUGUAUGUCAAUAACCAAUGUCAUCCAGCACAAGUUCCUUCUUCAACCGAAAGUCAUCGAAUCGGCUGUCACUUUCCUGCGCGGAAAUUUGUUCCACAACUUAUGUGCGGAACUUUGCAUCACAUUCCAAAAUCAAAAUCAAACCGUUGAUCUUUUCCCAAACGGAUUCAGUUAUGAGGGGUGUUUAAAUGUCAUGGAAAAGAAAUUCCGACAAAUUAUCAAAGUCGCCACUGUUAUUUUGAGACCUGAACGUCUUUGUAGUCUGGAACUUCAAUGGUGCGAACUCAAUGAGCAGCCAAAUAUAAUUCACUGCCUUCGUGAAAUGUGUUUCGAAUAUUUCAAAGAUACACCACAGACGAGAUGGUUUUGCAGCCAGAUUCCAGAUCGCCCAGAGCAAGCCGACCAAUUUUUGAACAUUCGCCAAACAAAAGUCUAUAAGGAUAAAAAAGACUACCACAACAAGUUCCAAAAUCGAAAUCUCCACGAUGAGCUUUGA